AGAUCACAACGAAACACGUUGGUGGCGGCUGAGGGGUGCGUUGGAGGUUUGACCAGUUUUAGCAGUUGAAUUGGUGUGAGAAUGGCAAAGAAAUCAGUGAAAUAUUGUGUGGUAGACGCGUUCACUGAGUCGGCGUUCAAAGGAAACCCGGCAGCAGUGUGUUUCUUAGAAGAAGAGAGGAACGAUGAGUGGUUGCAAGCGGUUGCCACCGAGUUCAACAUCUCUCAGACGUGUUUCUUAACUCACAUCGCCGAUUCCCAUCACAACCUUAACUCGCUCCACUCAACCUCUCAUCCCCGUUUUCAUCUCCGAUGGUUUACUCCUCUUCUUGAGGUUAAACUUUGUGGCCAUGCCACAUUAGCCGCUGCGCACACCCUAUUUUCUUCUGGUUUGGUGGAUACUGAUGUUAUUGAAUUUGUGACGCUGUCUGGAGUAUUAACUGCCAAAAAAAUCCGACCGAUCAAUAACACUAGUGCCUCAAAUUUGCAAAAGGAUGGGUUUUAUGUUGAAUUGGAUUUUCCUGCUGACCCUAUUACAGAAUUCGACUUUGACGACACUUCACAAAUUUCUGGGGCAUUGAACGGUGCUUCCAUAACUGAUAUGAAAAGGACACAAAAUGGAAAUGAUAUACUUGUUGUUGUCACAUCUGGAAUAGCUGUCGCAGAAUUACAGCCACAACUUGAUGCAUUAGUUAAAUGUCCUGGAAGGGGGAUAAUUGUCUCGGCGAUUGCUCCUCCAGACUCUGGAUUUGACUUCUAUAGUCGAUUCUUCUGCCCAAAAUUUGGAGUCAAUGAGGAUCCUGUUUGUGGGAGUGCACAUUGUGCCUUGGCGUCCUACUGGAGCAAGAAGCUGGGGAAGUGUGAUCUCCAUGCUUAUCAGGCAUCAGCCAGAGGGGGAGCUCUUGAUAUUCACAUUGAUGUGCAGAACCAGAGAGUGCUUUUGCGUGGGAAGGCUGUUACCGUGAUGGAAGGGUGUAUUCUGGUUUAGUCAUUUUCUGAGUAUUGUAGAAUAUGUGAUUUCACCAACAUAUUUUUCAGAUGACAAUAAUUGUAAUUCAAAUGUUGAACUGAUACGAUACUUCAUCACAUAAAUAAACCUCUUGAGCAUAUUAAGUAUUGGAGGUGGACAAACAUUAGUAUGUGGUG